GUCCCCAAUGCCCCGCAGGGCGUCUCACGUCUGAUUCCCUUGCGAUCCCAUGUCUGAAUGGGCGUCACGACAUGUCUGCUGAUGAGGACGAGGAGGAGCCUUAUCGCGACGAGGACGAGGUGCCGGAUGAGGGGACUGCGCUUGUUGUGGAGCGCUACCAGGAAGUGCAUCCCGACAUCUUCGAGGAUGUGCAGUUUCCGGAGGAUGUCGUCGGAGAAACUCAGCAGGCCUGGACCGCCUUCAUCAUGGGCUCAAAGUCCAAGGAGGCCGCAGGGGAGGCGCUCUACGCGGCGAUCUUCGACGCGGCGCCCUCCAUGCAGGACCUCUUUCGGAGCCCCAGGUCCGCGAUGGCUAUGAGAUUCAUGAACGGUCUCAGCAACUGCAUCAACGUCGCGGGCAACCCAAAAGACCUGAAGAUACAGGUGGAGACCUUGGGAUUUCAGCAUCUGGACUUGGAAGUGACUGUGCCCCGGGUGGGCAUCUUCGUUGAAGCGAUCGAGGGUCUGCUUGAGAUGGAGCUGAACCGGGGCUUUUCCGCGAACGCCAGACAUGGUCUCGCUGCCAUCCUGAAUUACAUUGGCGGCGCCUUCAUCUUCAUCCGCCGCGAGUACUCGGGCCGCAUCAACCUCCUCCUGUCGAGCUGGACGGAUGCAACCCGGAAGGCGCUGGUCGAUGUGGACACUGCAAAGCAGGAGGACGGCCUUGAAGAAGACGUCGAAGAGGGAGAAGAUGUGAAGAAGUCGCUGCAAGAGAUAGACUCGGCGAAGCGUGACCAAACCGCGCAGGGCAUCCAGGUUCCGGGCAGCUUCAACGAGAUGUUCCUCUUCAACGCCGCGGUGAUGGGCUUCGGCGCCAGUCAGUGGAUGAAGCCGAUCCUCGUGCAACUGGACGUGAUGGUCAUGAACGUCGCCAACUCCUACCGCUUGCAGGAGGAGUGCGACGUGCUGUCCUUGCUCUUGUCAAGGUAUCAGGGCUCCAUUCUCCUCAGCGAGUUCAGGGCCGUGGUGCUGGCGUCCCUGCGGUCUCUGGUGCCCAAGGGCUGGGACUCUGAGCAUGAAGUGGCCUGGAACUGGUUCUGGGAGAACGUGGAGCGCAUGCUGAAGGCCAACCUCAGCAAGAAGCUCCAGGGAAAGGCGGCGGCCCUGGAAAAGCUGCUCAGCAGCCUGCAACCCGAGGAGUUUUUGGAGCUUCGCCGGGGCAUCUACCGCAAGUUCUUCGAGCUGGCGCCAGCCGGGCAGGACUUCUUCAAGCAGUCCACCGCGCGGCUCUACUUCAUCGCCGACAAGGUCAUCGAAAUGACAGUGGACAUGUACCACCACCCUCGCGAGAUGGUGGAGAACAUUUCCGCUUUGGGUCUUAGGCACGUGGGCUACGCCAUCCCCAUCGAGCUCUUCGCGCCCUUCGUCUCGGCGACCGUGGAGGUGCUGAGGGGCCUCACCACGGAUGACACUGCAGAAGAGGCAUUUAGAUGGUCCCUGACGCUGAUCGGCAAGAUCUUGGUUCGCACCACCAUGGAAGGCUCUACCAUCGUCAUGAAGGCCGUGAAUACCAAUCAGGAGAAGGCGCUGCGGCGGGCCAUCGCCUCGGUGCCGCGGGGCCUCCGCGCCAUGGAGCUGCUCAACGUGGCGGUGGGCACGCAGUCCAUCUCGCCGCUCUACUGGGCCAUCGAAAGCGGAAGUCUGAACGUCGCCAAGGCGAUGGUGAUCGACCUGCUGACCAUCCGCGCAGAUCGCGACAACUACUACUACGGCUACGAUGCGCUCUUCACCCGCCAUCCCGACAUCAUCCGCAAGCUCAGUAUAGACGCGCCAGACCUCCAAUGGCCCUUGCUGGAUGGCUUGAUUUGGCGGUCACGGCUCACCAAAGAAGGCGUGCGCCGCGUGAACUUUUACAUCAAGCACCUUGUGCAGGAUGCCGAGGGCAACUUGAACCAGGCGUUGGAGUGGCUGGCGGAUGCUGCGGACCCCAAGGUGAUCUCCCACUCCGUCGUGGUGCUCUUUGCAGACCUCCUGUGGGAGCGGCUCAUCAUCUACCAGUUCCUCACGGGGAGGCUCUACUUCUUGUUCACCUUGAUCAUCUUUGUCAUCAGUCAGUCCGCGUCCGGAGCGGGCACUGACCUGAACCGCACAGCCAUCUUCCUAUGCCGAUGCUUCGUCUACCUUGGCAGCAUGUGUGUCCUGGCCGCGAGCCAGAUCCAGCCGAUCGUCAUGGAUCUGAGGGCGGGCGCCGUGCGCAGGAUCUAUCACGUGCCGGUACCGGAGAGUCUCUGCAGUUUGCAGGAGGCGGGCUACUUGGUCCUGAUCUUCGGACUGAUCAUCAUGUGCAUCGAAGAGCCAAUCUUCCGGUGCCUAGGGAGCUCGGAAGAGUAUGGCUUGUUCAGCUCUGACUGCCCGCAAGCCGCGGGGCACAAGGAAGUCUACUCAGUGGUUGCAGGCCUCAACACCUUCCUGUACUGGGUCCUGAUCACGGACCUGUCCAUCCUAUCGAUGAGGAUCUCUGCCUUUGUGCUGGUGUGUCUGCGGGUCAUGGCGGAGCUUGGGCUCUUCUUGCUGGCCCUGUGCUUCCUGAUCUUCGCCUUUGCCACCUCCAUCAGCACCCUGAAGCACGGGAUCCCGGACUUCGCAGGGAUCGGCCUGGCGGGGAUGUCCCUGCUGUCCAUCUGCUUGGGCAUCUUUCCGGCGGAGAAGUUCUACGACAUCGAGGAGAGCAUUUGGGUCAUGCUGGUGGUUUGCAGCUUCCUGGUGUUGGUGGGCGCCUUUCUGCUGAAUCUGCUGGUGGCACAGUUGAACCGCGCCUACAGCGAGCUCUUCCUCGACAUGCAGGGCUAUGCUCGCC